GCACGCGCCCGGCUCCGGGUGCGCCCGGAUCGCAAAUGGGAGUCGCGGGGCUGCGGGGCUCGCGAUGGCUGUAGCCAGGGCUGAGGCUCCAGGUAAAGGGCCGGUAGACAGCCACAGCCAUGCUCUUAUGGUUUCUAGUCACAUGCUGAAACUCACGGCUCCUGGACCUGCCAGCGCCCUUGUAAUGGAGGUUCCGAGGAAACGCAAGGGAAGUGACUCGGACCUGGCCCAGGACGCUCACAGCCAGAUGGAAAAGCGACGGAGAGACAAGAUGAACCAUCUGAUUCGGGAGCUGUCCUCUAUGAUCCCUCCACUCAGCCCCACGGCCCGGAAACUGGACAAGCUCACUGUCCUGAGGAGGGCGGUGCAGUACUUGCGGUCUCUGAGAGGUGUGACAGAGUCUUUCUUAGGAGAUAAUUCUAGACCUUCAUUUAUUCAGGAUAAGGAGCUCAGUCACUUGAUCCUCAAAACAGCAGAAGGUUUCCUGUUCGUGGUCGGAUGUGAAAGAGGGAGGAUUCUCUUCGUAUCUAAGUCCAUCUCCAAAACACUGCAGUAUGAUCAGGGCAGCUUGAUGGGGCAGAAUCUGUUUGACUUUUUACACCCAAAAGAUGUCGCCAAAGUAAAGGAACAACUUUCUUAUGAUGUCUCCCCAAGAGAGAAACCUGUGGACACCAAAACCUCUCCGCAGGUUUAUAGUCCUGGGCACACUGGACGACCACACAUGCAUUCUGGCUCCAGACGAUCUUUCUUCUUUAGAAUGAAGAGCUGUAAAAUCCCCGUCAAGGAAGAGUUUCGACGUUCACCCUGCUCAAAGAAGAAAGACCACAGAAAAUUCUACACCGUCCAUUGCACCGGAUACUUGAGAAGCUGGCCCUCGAGUGUUGUUGGCGUGGAGAGGGAGAGGGACAGUGAGAAAGACAGUGGUCCUCUUACCUGCCUGGUAGCCAUGGGCCAGUUGCAUCCAUAUACCAUCCCUCCGAAGAGCGGCAAGAUCAAAGUGAGGCCAACUGAGUUCGUGACCCGCUUUGCCAUGAAUGGGAAAUUUGUCUACGUGGAUCAAAGGGCAACAGCGAUUUUAGGAUACCUGCCCCAGGAACUCUUGGGGACUUCCUGUUAUGAAUAUUUUCACCAAGAUGACCAUAGUAGUUUGACUGACAAGCACAAAGCAGUUCUGCAGAGUAAGGAGAGAAUACUUACAGACUCAUACAAAUUCAGAGUGAAGGACGGCUCGUUCGUAACCCUCAAGAGCCAGUGGUUCAGCUUCACUAACCCUUGGACCAAAGAGCUGGAGUACAUUGUGUCUCUCAACACACUGGUUUUGGGACGUAGUGAGACUGGAGCACCCCCCUUCCUUUACGGCAGCAGUCAGUCCUCAGAAGACUCGUUUAGACAGUCCUGCGUCCGUGUGCCUGGAAUACCCACGGGGACAGACAUUGCAAACGAGGUUCUGGGUUUACAGAGGUUACACUCCUCAUCCCCAGAAGAUCCAGAUCCUUCAGAAAGAGCUAGAGCUUGCCUCAGUGUGAACUGCAGGAACGCCAGUGUGCCCGUGAGUGGUGUGUCCACACCGAGUCCUGGAACAGGGGGCCUGGAGGCUGCUGGGCGACACGAGAGCCCUGAAGCGGCCCACGGUCACAGGCCGCUCCUCAGUGACGGUGCCCAGCUGCAUGUGGAUGCCCUGGGUGACAACGAUGACAUGGCCAUGGCUGCGUUCAUGAAUUACCUGGAAGCAGAGGCGGGUCUGGGUGACCCUGGGGACUUUGGCGACGUCCAGUGGAUCUUCUAGUGUUUGAUCCACAGGAGACGGUGAACUCAAGGGAGGCUCCCUGCAGAGCGUUCCACCUACAAAUCACGCUGUUCUCCAGCACUGUGUCUUUAUCUUUUAUUAAUAGUCUAUCGAUUUUUAUACAUCUGCACCUUACUCUCACAUGGUUGUGGGAGAACAAGAUGUUUUCCUCCACAGUGAAACAGUCAAGUUCAUCAAACUCUCUUUACUCAGUGAACUAGCCUGGGGUCGGGCUGCCAUAUUUUUGCUAAAAUGUUCUGACCAAAAAAAAAAUGCUGCCAACCAUAUUGUUUGGGCUUUACUUUGCUUCUUUUUUUAUAUAUAUAGUUUUGUUUUUGAGUAUGGGAAUUUUAACAUAUUGACAUUUUCCUUGUCUAUAGCCUAAAAGACUGAGAACGCCGGCUUGUGUGCUGUGACAUCUUCCCACACCUUGAGCCUUUCCCUAACUGAUGAAAGAGCUUGGUGCUUCUAGGAUAUGGGGAGCACUCGAGCAUUUAAAGAGGCCGAGCAGCUCAUGAGGCCGUGCUGAUGAUGGACACUGUACACAGCCUGUGUAGAACCUGGCGAGGAUUGCUAGGAUGUUGAGGCCAACUUGUGCACGUUACAAUGGACUUCAAGGGAGAGGACUUCCGUCCCAGCCUUGUUGGCGGAAGAAGAUGGACCCUGAGCCCUUGGCCCUGGCAAUGAAUCUUGCCAGCAGACAAUAUGACCACUAAGGGGUUUCACUGUAGCUAGAGCUGUCCUGCUGGUUUCUGCUGUUGAAACUGGCUUAGCGAAGAUUCGGCGUGGAGGAUAAAACAGGCCCAGGCAGGUUAAAUGACCCGUGGGAGGUCCCGCCUUAAAUCCAUAGGUUGUUAAUGUUUAAUGUAUAUAAUCCAGUUGUGUUUGUGGUAGCAAAGGACUCACUAGUUCCCUGGUGACCGAGCUGACUUUAGAGACAGCUGUAACCUGCUAGGUAAUUGGUUAGUCAUCCCUGUCUGUAGCCAGAGGAAUGAAGCAAGUGGCAAAUAUAGUUAUUUGUUAUUGUUUUGUUGUAUGAUUUUGUUUGUUUGUUGAGAGAGGAUCUAUGUAGCCCAGGCUUGUCUGGAACUUACUGUGUAGACCAGGCUGGCCCCAUAUCGAUAUUAUAGAGAUCUACCUGUCACUGCCUCCCAAGUGUUUGGAUUAAAACCAAACAUCACAACUCCCAGCUUAAAAACAGUCGUUAAAAUGACGAGGCAAUGAAAACCCGCUUAAAAGCCAACAUUCUAGUAAUAAUUUACAUUUUAGAAGGCAUUUUAAGACAGUGAUUAACCCAGAGAUGGUUCAAGUGGAGUGUAAGAAUUGAGAUGAUCUGAAACUCUGGCCUAGGAAUGCAGCCCAGUGGGUACAGUGCUUGCCAGCAUGCAGGAAACCCUGGGUUCAGCUGCUAGGACUGUGAACCAGGUGUGGUGGUGCACACCUGUAAUCCCAGCACUCAGGAGUUAGACAGGAGGGUCAGAAGUUCAAGGUCAGACUGGGAUCCAUGAAACCCUGUCUUUAAAAUAAAUAAAAUGAAAAGAUUAUUUAAAUGGCUAUCUAUUCGUUUUCCUGAAGAAUCACACUUUAUCUUAUUUUGUGUAUGGGUGUUUUGCCUGCAUGUCUGUGUACCACUUACAUGCAGUGCCUGUGAAGGCCAGAAGAGGGCACUAGAUCCCCUGGAACUGGAAUUGCGCACAUUUGUGAGCCGCCAUGUGGGUCCUCUGAAGACAAGCAAAAGCUCUUAACCACUGAGCCGGCUCUCGCCCUGAGUGGUGGUACUUAUCACCUUGUGUUUGACUGUCUUUGCCGCGCUCACUCAGACCCUUUUUGUGCUCUACAGAGGCAAGUCAGACAGGCCGGCAAGAGCCGGGACACCCUCGGGCUCUAACGCGGGUCCAGACUCCCUUUUAUCUUUUCUGUGGUGGUUUAUCCUCCCAGCUAACGGCUUGCUGAGCCAUGAGCCCCUCACCCUGGAGUCCUUUUGUGAUCCUGAGUACCAGUUAUUCACACUGUACCUGACCGAGCAGAACUUUCGUCAGAUCUGUAAGGGACAAGGAUGUAGCUCAAAUAAUAAAAACCCAGAAACCAGAAAAGCAAAGCAGCCAAGCCACUAGAGAAAUCUUACCUCUUCCGAGGCUGGGCACUAAUGAGCUUGCAUUCACUAUUUCAAUGCUAUUUGGAAUAUAU